UGUCCACUGUUUGCUGCUGGUGAUCCGAUAGUUGUGAAAAGCCACCACUAGUCGCCCCCAGUGCUCUUGCAGUCUCCAAUUUUUCUUUCUCACUGUAGACUUAACGUCACGUCCGCACUUGAACUUGAAUUUUAUCCCAUUGUACGGAGCCAGCUCUAGCCACAGAGAGACAGAGAGCUCGGGGGAAGCAGGACUCACUCCGCCAUCUUCACACUCACACAGAGAAAGGGGAGAGAAAAGCGUGCAGGUCUUGAUUUAUUGAGAAAGGAGGUGGCAGCCUGUAUGCCCGGUCUCCACAGAGCCGUACAAGGGGACAGAGCACUUGGAGUUGAGGAGACUGAAAAGUACCUGGCAUUGCAUGCUCAAGGCUGCACCAAGAGAAGUGUCCAUCACUUGGCCAUACCCAAGUGCCCAAGAAGAAAAAUUGGAUUCAUAGUUUUCUAAAAUUGUAUCAUCAAUUAUUGUAAUUGUGUGUGUUUACGAUUUUUUUAUUUGAGUUUUUCGUAUUUUUCUAAAGAAGAAACGAAGUAAGGCUGAGCCAUUGACUGGACACAGUCUGGGUACCCGAGCUGUCAGCGCGCGCUGACCAUCGCGUUCUGAUUCUUCUUUUUCUCUCACGAGGUGGAGGGACACUUGCCGGUGUUUGAUCUCAACUGUCACUCACAACAACCGUCAAUCAUCCAAGGAUAUUUCCCCCACGUCUGAUCUCUUUCUUUAUUCUACUUGGACAGAUCUCACUUCUCUCACACACCUUUUGCCAAUGGUGUGAGUAGCCUAAAGAGAGAAGGUGAAAUAGAAUUGAAGGUAGGCUACAGCCAGGCUACCCACGGUCGCGUCACACACACACAGGGGCAGAGUGGACCGACGAGACAAAACGCAAAAGACAUUUUCGCAUCUCCAAACGAGGGGACCACUAGCCUACAGCACGACGCCCGACCAACCACUCUCCCCGGCCGGCGGUCCGAGCGCAGGAGCCUCGGUCUUGUGGAGGUCCCGUGAAAAGUUGAGUGCCGAGCAGGAGGAGGCAAUAGGAGGGAAGCGAGCCCAUCCUUCAGAGUGCUGGUCUCCGGGCAAUGCCAGUGUAAAUGCCAGGGCAAUGUCCCGUCGCAAGCAGGGGAACCCACAGCACGUGUCACAGAGAGAAUUAAUAGCACCGGCGGAGGCUGACCAUGUGGAUGGCGGACUUUCCGUGUCUGACUCCCUCACCCAACCUCACCCCCACCCUCAACCUCACCCUCACCUUCAACCUCACCCCCACCCCCUGUUGUCCCACCCGGCCCUGCUGGACCCCAGCCUAUCCGACAGCCUGGCCAUGGGGCUGGGGGACCACGACCUGCUCACCUGUGGCCAGUGUCAGAUGAACUUCCCCCUGGGAGACAUCCUGCUCUUCAUCGAGCACAAGAAGAAGCAGUGCCAGGCCCUACUGCAAGGUCCUGGCUGCUACGACAAGAUGGCCGCCGACCGCAGCAGCCCCUCCCCGCCCCACCAGCAGCAGCAGAACCAGGGUCGCCACGGUCACGGCCAGCUGAGGAAAGUGGUGGAACCGGUGGAAAUCGGAAUCCAGGUGACACCGGAGGAGGAAGAGGAUGAGAGGCUGAUGGUGACGCCCACCAAAGGAAUUUGCCCCAAGCAGGAGAGUGCCCUGGCAGGAGGAAGGGAUGAGCCUUCAAGCUACAUCUGCACCACGUGUAAGCAGCACUUCCCCAGCGCCUGGUUCCUUCUACAGCACGCCCAGAACACCCACGGCAUCCGCAUCUACCUGGAAUCCAACCCCUCCAGCGCAUCGCUCACCCCCCGCAUCACCAUCCCCGGGCCCCCCAUGGGCCAGGACUCCAUCCCCCAGUCUCCCCUCACCAAUUUCCUGGCAGAGAGCAACCCCUUCCACCUGCUGAGGAUGACCGGGCCCAUGCUCCGAGAGCCCCCUCCAGGCUUCAUGGAGAACCGCGGAGGCCUCCCCAACACACCUCCCUUCGUCAGCCCCCCACCCCGCCACCACCUGGACCCCCACCGGCUGGAACGCCUUAGUGCCGAAGAAAUGGGGCUCAUCUCCCAGCACCCCAGUGCCUUCGAGAGAGUGAUGCGGCUAACGCCGAUGGCCAUCGAAUCCCAGUCCAUGGACUUCUCCAGGCGGCUCCGGCAGCUGGCAGGGAACAACAACGUGGCCACCCCUCCUCUGUCGCCCAGCCGGGUCAACCCCAUGCACCGCCUGCUCAACCCCAACCCCUUCCAGCCCAGCCCAAAGUCGCCCUUUCUCAGCACCCCGCCCCUGCCGCCCAUGCCCCCCAACAGCACCACCCCGCCCCAGACGCAGGCCAAGAGCAAGUCAUGCGAGUUCUGUGGGAAGACCUUCAAGUUCCAGAGCAACCUGGUGGUCCACCGGCGGAGCCACACCGGGGAGAAGCCCUAUAAGUGUCAGCUGUGUGACCAUGCCUGCUCCCAGGCCAGCAAGCUGAAGAGACACAUGAAAACACACAUGCAUAAGUCUGGUUCCAUGACAGGACGGUCUGACGACGGGCUCUCCACCACCAGCUCACCGGAGCCGGGCACCAGCGACGUGACAGGAGAGGGCAUGAAGAACCGAGAUGGAGACUUCAGGGGUGAGGGUGAAGAGGAGGAAGAGGAGGAGGAGGAAGAGGAGCCGGAGAACGAGAGCAGGCCGGAGUCAAACUUCAGCAUGGACAACAUGGAGUUCUAUCGUAACCGUGAGAAUGGCUCCAAGCCGCCAUCAGACGAGAAGAAUGCCCUCUCUCUGGGCAAGAUGGUGGAGAGUGUGGGCCUGAGCACUAUACAGCAGUACAAUAACUUGAUAGUCGACAAUCGUAAAAAUCGGAUGCUCUUCUCCAAGAGGGGGUCCGACGGGCAGCGGGACACUGGGGAUGAGGACUCUGUGGUGGGAGAGAUGGAGAGGGAGCACCAUCACCACCAGAUGGAAAGGGACCACCAGAAGCCCACGAUCAAUGGCAGGAACUGUGGCUCCGGCGACUCUUUCUCAGGCCUGUUCCCCCGCAAACCCACUCCCAUCACCAGCCCCUGCUUGUCCAACUCCUCCAACAAGAGGAUCAAGAUUGAGAAGGACCUGGAAAUGCCCCCGGCGCCCCUGAUCCCCUCCGAGAACGUCUACUCCCAGUGGCUGGUGGGAUACGCUGCCUCACGACAUUUCAUCAAAGACCCUUUCCUGGGCUUUACCCACUCCAGACAAUCUCCCUUUGGCACCUCCUCUGAGCACUCGUCUGAGAACGGCAGCCUGCGUUUCUCCACGCCUCCCGGGGACCUCCUGGAUGGCGGCCUGUCGGGGCGCAGCGGCACAGCCAGCGGGGGCAGCACUCCUCACUUGGGGGGCCCGGGACCUGGCCGGCCCAGCUCCAAGGAGAGCCGACGGAGCGACACCUGCGAGUACUGCGGCAAGGUGUUCAAGAACUGCAGCAACCUGACAGUGCACCGGCGCAGCCACACGGGAGAGAGGCCCUACAAGUGCGAGCUGUGCAACUACGCCUGCGCCCAGAGCUCCAAGCUCACCCGCCACAUGAAGACCCACGGGCAGAUGGUUGUAGGAUGGCUAAACCGUCGGGCUAAACUGCGCAGCUUUAUAACGAGAGAGAGCAGGGAGAUCUUAGGGGCUCCCUGUGAUGUGUAGUUGAACGCAUUCUGAGAGAAGUAGCAACUCUGACACACACAGAAUGCACAGCUGAGUGAGCUUUUUAGGAAAGAUUUUUCGGUCUUCAGCAAGCACCAACCUUUGCCCAAAUCACCACUCCCUGUUAUUUUGAAUAAUGUACCCCCGUCCUACCCCCCUGUUCCGAUCCCCCUCAAGUUGACCUUUGACAUCCAAGUAUUUUUUUUAUUUUUUAUUUUUAGAAUUGAGGUAAAAAUAUGUCAUUGAGAAGAAAUAGAAAAACAUGAACAGCUCUUUGCAGAUGACCCGCACUUUAUGAUUUGUCUAUUUUAUUUUAUUUUACACACAAAAAAAGAAAAAGAAAAUUGAAAAUACGGCUUCUGAGCAAGAAAUUACUUUGACUGGAUUUAUUCGGCCUGGGUAACGGGUUCUAGAGUUUGGAAUCAGUUGAGAUUGAAGUGCUAGCAUUGCUAUAGGCGUGGCUUUCCCAAUGCUGGCACUAUAAAAAUGAGAAAUUAAUUUAUUGGGACAGUUUUUGUACUGCCAUUCAAUUUGACAUGAGUGUGCCUUGAAUACUGAUCUUCCUAUUCACCGUCUCUCAAGACAAAUGCAACACUUUUGUGAAGCAAAGGAAUUGAACACAAUGAAAACAAUGUAUCAAAUUUAUGCGUCAACUUAGUUUCUAAUUUGAUUAUGAAAUGUCAAUAGAAUAUCAGAGAUUACUUAAAAAAUAAAAAAAAAUUCAACAAAGCUGCAUUUAGGUUAGGAGUACUCAGCACAACAUUGAUGUGUCUGUGUGUGUAUAUAUGUAUGCAUAUGUACAUAUAAAGGCACAAACCUAUAUAUAGAUAUAUAUCAAAUUCUUCACUUCAGGACAAGACUGCGUCCCUAGAUAGAAACAUGGUCAGAGUGGAUUGUUAUACCACACAAUAGUCAAGGAAGAGACUGGACAAAAAAAAUCAGGAACUGCAGAAACAAAACAAAAAAUAAUUUAGUGCACUCUGUCUUAAAAUACGUUUACAGUAUUGAAACAAGUACAAGGGUAAAAUAAUAAUUGUGUGUAUGUGUGUUUUUAAAAAAAGUAUUUUUUUUUUCAAGUUUGCUUAUACCGUUUCUCUGAAUGCCAUAGUGGCGAUGUGUAUAUUGUUUUUUUGGUGACGGGGUUUUAGUAUAUAUAAAUAUACUGUAUAUGAAUAUAUAUUACAUUUUUCUUGUUUACUGUAAAAGUAUACCAGUAUUUGUAAUAUUGGAGAAUGCCUGGGCAUUUUACAAAAAUAUAAAAAAAUGUUGUUUUUAAAUUUUUAUUUUGCAGUCCAAUUUAAAUUGUGGGUCUCUUAAAAUGUUUUUGUCACUGUACCUGUAAAAGUCUUAAGUUUUAGUAACUUUUAUUCUGCCUUGGGUGUAAUAAUACUAAUUUUAAAAAAUAAAUUUAAAAAAACGAACUGUAACAAACUUGGAUGGGGGUGGGGGGGGGGGGGGGGGGGGCAGCUGAUGGACGUUCUGGAAGUUUCCCUUGUAGAAACUAUGGAACAUUGUUAUUGCUUUGCAGGAAAAUACUGACAUUCCUGAUCUGUAUCUAUUGAUCUUCUCCUGGAAUGGAUAUUCUUCAUGGCUGGUUUGAAAUACAUGUGUAGGCACUUGCUGUCGUUCUACAGAAGCUUGUAUUUUUUAACUUGUAUGUGCAUCCUUUGUGAAAAGGGGUACUUUAAGUACCUGUAUGUCAUUAUCUUAUUUGGGGGAGGGGGACAACAUUGCAACUUCAAGAUACAACUCACAGGCUGCCACAAUAUAUUUUCUUUCAUUUGGCAGGAUAAAAUAGUGCAAAAAAAACCCUGAUGAAUUUGUAUUGUUGAAAUGAAUCUUAUUGUACAGAAGGGAAAUAAAAGGUUGUUUGACAUCCUUUUAGCGACAAAAAUACACAAGUAGAUGUUUUUGUUUACUAUUGUAUUGGUUGUACAUAUUGUUCUAUGAUUACCCUGACAUGUUUUGUUUUCAUUUUUUAUUUCAUUCUUAUUAUAGUUUGUGUUCCAACUGGCACUGGCAGUGACCUCCCCUCUUUGCGGUCAUCUAGCUACCCUUUGACCCUUGACCUUUGUGACCUGUGUGUCAGUUGUACAGGCACCUGACCUGCCUCCCCACAGGUUUCUCAGCAUGAGAAGAAUAGAGCACAAAUACAAACUGUUACAAUUCCAAAUAUUUUGCUCUUUUUUUUUGUCUCUUUUUGUUUCCUGUAAAUGCUAACUCUUCUGAUAUGGCCAUGCUUCUGAUAUGUCCCUGCUCUGUCCCUUCAGUCAGAGAAGGGACAUAUAUAGCGUGUAGAAAAAGACACACACACACACACACAUAUAUAGAAGAAAAACAGAGGAAAGUCUCUAAUGAAGUGCAGGGACGUUAUAUAUCUGGAUACCAUAGUUCGACUCCUACACAUACGACUCACAGAACCAUGUAGUGUACACAGUGCAGCCUUGGCUGGAUACGAUCAAAGCUACAAGCUACAUUCGCCUCAAACCAUAAGCUAUAACUACAGGCAGUUAGUAGCUACCGUACCUGACCACGAUCAUACGGACAACUAUCAAUCAGUCAGAACCAGGGUGUGUAUUCAAAACCUGCCCACUUAGAUGUACAGAACGGUUCUCCGACUGUUUAGCAGCACAGAGCUCCCAUAUCUGUGCUUUAUCAUCUUUUGAAAUGUUUAUGUUUCCUUUCAAAUAUUGGUGCUUUGAUAUGUGCUAAGAGCUACGUCCUGUUGGCUGCACUGUUUGUCCUCCCCUGGGCACCGUAGACAGAACACCAAGCAGAGCUAAGCUCUGCUGUUGAUUGUGUUCACUUUGUGUAAAGACAUCUUCAUGGAACACCGCCCUGUCUGUGGGUGUAUUCAGUUAGUUUUCCUUCACAGAGGUUCAGGUCUAAUAGGCUAUGCAGAUAGCCCCUCUACCAGAGAGACAGAGUUGACGUUAGUACGAAGGUCCUGAUUAGGAAAUGACGCUUUGCUGCUGUUCACUCUUUAGGUUUCACAUUCCAUAAUUUGACAAUUUCCUUUUAGAAAUGUUUCUCAUGUUUGUAUUUAAAGAAUAAUACAGGGUUGGGUUGAGGACAUGGACAAAUCUGUCAUUUUUGAUAUGUAGUAAUGUCCGGAUCGGGGACAUACAGGGGGAGGGCUGGAGGCGUUGACUAGGGAUGUUAUGCUGUGUGUGAUGUCAAUUUAUUUAAAUACAUUAACUGAUUCUUUAGGCUGCGAUUGGCUGUGUUGUCUAUGAUGUCACUGAGGUGAGGACAGCGUUCCGUCGUUCUCAGGCCUGAUGAGUCCAAUGCCAUUGGUUCGUUACAGUAAACAUGAUAUUCAGACACCA